AUGUCAUUCGAUCAGCAGCUUGAAUCUGCCGCCACGCCUGGUCCGAGCCGAAAGAUUGUUGGGGCUGUCGCGAUAGCAGCUGAUGCUUCCGGAAAUACCAUCUACCAUGGCGCAAAGGGCUUCACCUCUGUUGUCCCGGAGACUGCCAGGCCGAUGACGGAAGAUACCACCUUCUGGAUCGCUUCGUGCACAAAGCUGCUGACUACCAUUUCGGUCAUGCAGUGCGUGGAGCAAGGUAAACUGAGCCUUGACAACGAUGUCUCCGCAAUUCUCGAUGAGUGGAAGUCACCAGACAUCUUGACGGGGUGGAAGCCAGACACUGGAGAACCAGAGCUCAAAAAAGCAACGAAGAAGAUAACUUUGCGCCAGCUGCUCACACACUCUAGUGGCAUGGGUUAUGAUUUCCUUUCGCCAGAACUUAUCAAGUGGCGACAAUGGCGUGGGGAAUCAAGCCGUCCAGGGGACGGUGACAUUCGUGAAGGGUACGUGAUGCCUUUGUUGUAUGAGCCAGGGGAGGGUUGGAGCUAUAGCUGCGGCAUCGACUGGGCCGGCAAAAUGGUCGAGCGCGUCAAUGGGGGCAUGAAGCUUGGUCAGUACAUGAAGAAGAAUAUUUGGGAUCCUUUGGGAAUGGCGUCCACGAGUUUCCGUCCAGAAGAAAAUGAGUUGGUGCGCAGUCGACUAUGUGCCACGACCGCCAGAACACCUGAAGGAGACCUUGUGCCAGCCGACCCAUACCCUCAUCAUAAUCCGAAAGACGACCUCGGUGGUGGGGGUUUAUAUUCGUCCGCACCAGACUAUAUCAAGGUGCUCAUAUCCUUGCUCAAAAAUGACGGUCUUCUCCUCAAACCAGAGACCGUAAAGAUGAUGUUCUCCCCGCAGCUUUCGAAUGACGCUUAUUUGACUGCAACAAUGGCCACACCAGGGGCAGGUCCCAUGUUUCGAGGAGGCGUUGACAGCUCGGCCUGGAAUUUCGGCCUGGGAGGCAUUUUGAACAUGGAAGACGUGGCUGGUGUUUGCAAGAAGGGAACAAUGACCUGGGGUGGCCUCCCAAACCUCUUCUGGUGGAUCGAUCCCGCCGCCGGUAAUUGCGGCAUAUACGCAUCCCAGCUUCUUCCUCCAGGCGAUCCCGAGACUAUGAAUCUCGCGGUUGCUUUUCGCAAAGACAUCUUCGCUCGCCAUGGUCCAUAG